AUGGCAGAGAUCAAGGAAGGGUUCAAUGUCAUCGUCGUUGGCGCAGGGCCCGCCGGCCUCCUCAUCGCCCUGAUGCUGGCACAGAAGGGCAUCUCAGUCACCGUGCUUGAGAAGGGGCAGGAGAUAGACCGCAACCCGCGCGCCAGCUUCUACAACGCGCCGACGCUCUACGAGCUGCGGCGCGCAGGGCUGAUGGAAGACAUUAUGAAGAACGCGUUCGUCCCGGAUGGCGUGAGCUGGCGGCUUCUCGAGGUCGGUGGUGAGAAGAAAUUCGAGAAGGUCUGCACGCUCUUGGCGGAUAACCCGCCUGGGCAAGAGACUCACGUCUCGUUGCCCUUGGACGAACUAUUGCCCCUGAUGGCUGACCACCUUGCGCGGCACCCGACCGCGCAGGUGCUGCUUAGCCAUGAGGUGCUCUCCCUGGGGCAGGACAGGGACAAGGCUUGGGUAAAUGUGAAGACACCGGAAGGCGAGAAGAGGCUCGAGGCGGAUUAUAUUGUUGGGUGCGACGGCGCACCUAGCAAAGUUCGUCACGAGCUCUUCGGCAACGAAUUCCCAGGAUUCACGUGGGACAAGCAGAUCGUCGCGACAAAUGUGUACUACCCCAAGUUCAAGGAUUACAAUUGGACAUCUUCAACAUUCAUGAUCCAUCCGGAUCACUUCCCUAUGAUCGCCCAGCUAGCCAACGACGGCCUCUUACGCAUCACCUACGGUGAAGAUGCCGGACUGACGAGAGAGCAGAUGUUUGAGAGGCUACCUUGGAAAUACAAACAGUUUGUACCUGGGGCUCCGGAGCCAAAUGAGUACAAGGUGAUCAACUUUAGCCCGUAUAAGAUCCACCAGCGGUGCGCUGAGAAGUUCCGGGUGGGGCGAGUCUGUCUAGCUGCUGAUGCGGCUCAUGUGUGCAACCCUUUUGGUGGUAUGGGUCUCACAGGAGGCCUCGUCGACGCUGGCAAUCUCUUCGAUUGCCUGUACGGCAUAGCCACGGGCCAGCUUGACGAUAGCAUUCUGGACAAGUACUCCGAGAUCCGAAUCCAGAAAUACAACGACAUCAUCAAUCCAAUCUCUUCCAGCAAUAUCCGUAGAGUGUGGGAUCCUAGUCCUGAGGCCAUCAAGGCAGAUCCGUUCUUUCAGGCUGUCGAGAGGGCGGAAAAGGAUGAGGCGUUUGCAGAGGAGAUGAAGAAGGGGCUGCUUGAUGUCAUGCAUGAUUUCACGCAAUACUACAAACCGCCUGCGGUCCAAAACGGCGCAUAA